CCUGGUUCAUCUCCCUGUUGCCUUUUGGGAGAAUGAUGCUUCUAUCUACCAAUAACACCCUUUGUAUUUUUCACUCCUGUCUCUGCUGAUCUGCUCCCACCCCCAAAUACCUGUGCCCUUCCUUCCCCAAGAUAUGAAAAGUCCCCUCACCCUCCCCACCUAGCUGGCUGACUCUAAUAAGGUAGUAGUCAAGGGAGUUUCUGGGCUGGGACCCCCUUUGGGGUGCAGCUGGGGUGCCCUGCUGGUAUGUGCCCCAACAGGUUUUUCUCUAUCAGUUUUGAAAUCAGCCAGGAGCCUGUCUGACCUGCCCCCCAGGGAACUGGAGCCAGAGGCAGAGCCAGGUCAGAAGCUGGACUUAGAGACGAGGGUUCUGGGUCCCGCGCAGCCCCACAGGGAGAGCAGUGCACAAAGCUGCCUGUGUCUGUGGCUGAGCAGCUAAGAGGCUGAGUGGAGUUCACUCGAGCCACACAGGAGCCGGUGCCCACACAGGCAAGCUCCAGGCGUAAAGACGACACCUGCCUUUCCUCUGGCACCUUUGGGCACCCAUGAACCUGCAAGGACAUUAUUCACAUCAGCUCAGAGACUGCACCUGCCGACCUAAAGAUUCUGGCCUGAGACAACGAAAGUGACAGGCAAAAAGCAGGCCAGUCAGUUGCACCAUGUCUGUGAGUACCAUGAAGACGGCACCAUCCCUCAUUCAGGAGAUCCUCAGCUACCUGGGCCUUGCCAACAAGACUGCAGCUUGGGGGACCCUGGGAACCCUAAGGACAUUCUUGAGCUUCACUGUGGACAAAGAUGUACAGAGGCUGCUGAGGGCCAUUACAGGCCAAGGUGUGGACAGUAAUGCCAUUGUGGCUGUGCUGACCAAUCGGAGCAGAGAGCAAAGGCAGCUUAUCUCUAGAGCCUUCAAGGAGCGCACCCAACAGGACCUGCUGAAGUCCCUCCGGGCAGCACUUUCCGGCAACCUGGAGAAGAUUGUGGUGGGUCUGCUGCAGCCCAUGGCCCAAUUCGAUGCCCAGGAAUUGAGGACAGCCUUGAAGGGCUCAGAUUCUGCUAAAGGCGUGGCCAUGGAAAUUCUUGCUACCCGAGCCCCACCUCGGCUACAGGAGUGCCUGACAGUAUAUAAACACGAUUUCCAGGUGGAGGCUAAGGAGGACAUCAAGUCUGUAACCAGUGGCAUCUUGCAGGACCUGCUCCUGGCCCUUGCCAAGGGGGGCCGUGAGAGCUACUCCGGAAUCAUCGACUAUAACCUGGCAGAACAGGAUGUCCAGGCACUACAUCAGGCAGAAGGACCCAGCACAGAGGGGACAUGGGUCCUCAUCUUCACCCAGAGAAAUCCUGUACACCUCAUCCGAGUGUUUGACCAGUACCAGCGGUAUACUGGGUACGAAUUGGAAGAGACCAUCCGGAAUCGCUUCCACGGAGACACCCAGGUGGCCCUUCUCAGCCUGGCCUCGGUAGUCAGGAACACACCGUCGUACUUUGCUGACAAACUUCACCAAGCCCUCCAGGAAACUGAACCCAAAUACCAAGUCCUGAUGCGCAUCCUCAUCUCUCGCUGUGAGACUGACCUUCUCAGUAUCAGAACAGAGUUCAAGAAGAAAUUCGGGAAGUCCCUCUACUCUUCUCUCCAGGAUGCAGUGAAAGGGGACUGCCAGUCAGCCUUCCUGGCCUUGUGCAGGGCUGAAGACAUUUGAGACUUCCCUGCCUCUACUCCAUAGGACACUCAAGGAUCAGAGUCCCAUGUUGGGCUGAGCCUGUAGGAAACCAGCAGAGCCUCCACACAGGACAGCCCCUCACCAAACACCACGUUUCAGCUUCUUAUUGAGGCUGGAACUCUCUUUUGUUAAGUCCCUUAAUUUCCUUCAACUCAAAAUGAUAUAUGUACCUGGGUCCUCUAGCUCUGUCUUUGGAGCCAGGUGAUGAGAUCUCUUUGAUAGUGUCUGCGUGGCUCACUCUUCCUGUGCCCUGGCCAGAACAUCUCACUGGUAGCAGAAUUCUUCUGGCAAACUUCACUAUUGUUUCUGUGCCCUGAUUGAAUUUUGGGUGGAGCAGGACACAGGACGGAAAGGGGCCUUGGAGUUGCAGGCGCCUAUGAUGUACACUUGGCUAUUCAACAGGAAUACGGUUGUUGCCCUGGUGCUCUAGUAAUCAAUACCCCUCCCCCCUGGUGUCUCUCUUCACCUUUAUUCCUCAGGAGAUUUCAGGCAAAAAUAAUUGAUAAACAGGCACCAGAAGAAGAACAAGAUCCAAAAUAGUAAGAGGUAGCAAAGGUCAGUGAACUGGGAAGCAAGCAGAGGUCAAGCUGCCCUCCCCAGUUUGGGAAGUCUUGGUUAGAAGGGAGCACAACCCCCAAAUUCAUCUGUCCAAUCAGGGAUUUGGAAACCCAUUUCCCAUGACAGCACUAUUUCCUAUCAAGGACAUAGCAGGAACAAACAAAAACCAAAAAGAUGGCUCAGCACCUGUGGCUCAAGCGGCUAAGGCACCAGCCACAUACACGAGAGCUGGUGGGUUCGAAUCCAGCCCGGGCCCACCAAACAACAAUGACGGCUGCAACCAAAAAAUAGCCGGGCAUUGUGGCAGAUGCCUGUAGUCCCAGCUACUUGGGAGGCAGAGGCAGGAGAAUCGCUUGAUCCCAGGAGUUGGAGGUUGCUGUGAGCUAUGAUGCCACAGCACUCUACCCAGGGUGACAGCUUGAGGCUCUGUCUCAAAAAAAAGAGAAAAGGAGGCUUGGCACCCGUAGCACAGUGGUUACAGUGCCAGCCACAUACACCAAGGGUCCAGGUUCGAAUCCAGCCCAGGCCAACUAAACACUGCAAAACAACAAAAAAUAGCUGGGCACUGUGGCGGCUCCUGUAGUCCCUGCUACUUGGGAGGCUGAGGGAAGAGAAUCGCUUAAGCCCAAGAGUUGGAGGUUGAUGGGCAGUGCCUGUGGCUCAGUGAGUGGGUCGCCAGCCCCACAUACCGAGGGUGGUGAGUUCAAACCUGGUCCCGGCCAAACUGCAA